AUGGGCUUUGGAAUUCUGGAGGCCAAUAGAGGCCUGGCCCAUGUGCCGGGCACUGUCCUGCUCGAAGACAUGGAGCCUUUGACUACAGCUCAUCUCAAGAAGGGAUCUGGAAAGAAUGCCACUGUCGUCUUGACCCCACAACCUUCGAACAAUCCCAACGAUCCUCUCAAUUGGCCUCUGUGGCAACGUGAUCUACUGCUAGUGUUAUUCUGUUUUCUUACCACUAUCUGCGUGGGGGCUAUCGGUCCCAUGCUUUCUGUUCUGACGCUGUCUCUUACUAUGGCAUUUGGCAUCACGAUCCCGCAGACUUCUCUUCUGACAGGAUACCAAUUCUGUGUGGUGGGCGCCAUGGCGCUUCCGGUGGCCGCCUUUCUUCGUAAAUUUGGCAAACGUCCAAUAUUCAUCGUUUCUAUUUUGUUCCUCCUGGCCGGCAGCAUUAUAUGUUCCCAGGCCAUAGGGUAUCAUUCCAUGCUUGCAGGCCGAAUCAUUCAAGGGUUUGGUACGACAGCGUUCGAGAGCGCUCCUUUCGGCCUUAUCGGUGAUAUGUAUUUCGUUCACCAGAGAGGAUCCCGAAUGGCCAUUUAUAUCACAGCUCAAGUUGGCCUUGUCUUGCUCCCGGGCUUGAUUGCCGGGGUUAUCACCAUUAAUCUCAGCUGGGAAUGGGCCUUUUACAUCUUGAUUAUUUUCCUCGGCAUUGGUUUGAUCCUCCUCGUCCUUUUUGGAUGGGAAACAUCAUACAAUCGGGCCGCAGUCUACAACGUUGACACAUCUUCCCAAGAUAAUCUUCAUGCUCUUGAGGAGAUAAAAUCUGGAGCUACUCAUACGGAGUCGAGCGACCUAGCCGGUCUCGAUUUGACAACGAUGACAUCGACUAUCCCACUGCCUCGAGAUUCGUUUGUUCGGCGCAUGAAGCCAUGGUCUACGACGUACACUGAAGAUUCCAUAAUUAAGAUGACUCUUCGACCGGCGAUCGUGCUUCUGAACCCUGUCAUCCUCUGGGCGGUGCUGAUCAUUGCGGUUACACAGCUAUGGAGUGUCUGCACCGCGUUUCUCAUUGCACAGAUAUUUGGACCACCGCCAUACCUACUCAACACGGCACAGGUCGGGUACAUUGGCGCGGGACCGAUCAUAUCCAUUAUUGUAUGCUGUAUACUGUACGGAAUAAUGGCUGACCCUCUAGCCAAAGCACUGGCAAAAAGAAACAAUGGUAUCUUCGAGCCAGAAUUUCGUCUGGUUCCCAUGAUCAUCUCUCCGAUUCUCAGUUCCCUGGGAUAUUUUCUCUUCGGCAAUCUCAUAGCCAAGGGGGUGACUCCUAUCGGUGCGUCUGCGGUGUGGGCGUUGAGUUCUGGCUCCAUCAUCUUUAUUGGGAAUCCCCUGAGCAAUUAUCUGGUGGACGCGUUCCGCGACAGCAGUGUUGAAGUCUUCAUUGCGUCUAUGGGAAUCAAGAAUUUCCUCUUCUUUGGCUUUUCUUACUUCUUGAAUGAAUGGUUCGCCAGAUGGGGCCCGGCCAAGGUGUACGACUGCAUUGGAGGCCUUAUGCUGAUACUCAGUCUAACCGCAAUUCCGGUCUACAUCUUCGGCAAGAGACUCAGGGGUUGGUGGCAUAUCCAUGAUAUCACCCUCAAAUUUAAGUAG